AAAAUAUGCAGUGGCCAUUCCCACACCCAAUCGAAAGGCCAGGACAGUCGCAAAAUGUUUAUGGGACAACUUCCUCAUUCACUAUGGAAUCCCAGAAAAACUUCACAGCGAUCAAGGACCAGACUUCGAGUCACGGACAAUAAAGGAACUAUGUGAAAUGGCUGGAAUUCAUAAAAUAAGGACUACACCAUACCAUCCGAGAGGAAACCCAGUUGAGCGGUUCAAUCGUACACUGUUGGACAUGCUUGGAACUCUGGCGGACCAGGACAAAACUCACUGGAAGGAUUUUGUGAAACCACUUGUACAUGCAUACAAUUGCACCAAGAAUGAUGUCACUGGAUUUUCUCCUUACGAACUCAUGUUCGGACGCCAACCACGACUUCCAGUUGACCUAGCUUUUGGACUUCCUGUUACAGAGAAACCACGUGUAUCCCAUUCUCAGUAUGUUCAAGAUCUUAAGUCUCAUCUGAAGGAGAGCUACGAAUUGGCAACAGGAAAUGCUGAAAAAGUCAUGAAAAGAAACAAGGCCAGAUUCGACAGGCAUGUCACUGCCUCUGAAUUAGCUGUGGGAGAUCGUGUGUUGGUCAGAAAUGUUCGUCUCAGAGGCAAACGCAAACUUGCGGACAAAUGGGAAUCUGAGGCUUAUAUUGUCGUAAAGAGAGCUGGAACUCUUCCGGUCUACACAGUGAGACCUGAGACUAAAGACGGUCCCCUACGAACCCUACACAGGGAUCUUUUGCUACCGUGUGGAUACUUGCCUUCACCAAAGAGUAUUCCCUCUGUGAAACUAACUCCCAGAUUAAAAUUUUGCUCUAAUCUUGACCCUCCUGUCAAUCAUAUUGACAUGAACACACUCUCAGAUGACGAUGAAGUAAUUCCAAACCGCUGGUACAGUGGACCACCCAGGUCAGAACUUGCCAGAUUCACAACCAUAGUUGAUAUCCCAACAGACUCUAUCGUGGCACCUUCCAACACAGUCCCUACAACCUCAGAUAUCACACAUCACACAGCCUCUGAUAAUACAAACCAAGAAGCAGCAGCGGAUGUUACUCAGAAUCUAUCCGACCUACCUGAUACAGCCAAAAGCCCUGAGGGUUCAGUCUCGUCAGGAAAUGCAGAGCCUGGUUUAAACCUACUACCUGAUGAUGCAGCAGAGGAAACGGCCUAUUCUCCUAUAGGUCAUGAUCUCUUCGUGUUACAUGUGUUUGAUCCUCUGCAGCUCUUCAUGUUACAUGUGUUUGAUCCUCUGAAGCUCUUCAUGUUACAUGUGUUUGAUCCUCUGAAGCUCUUCAUGUUACAUGUGUUUGAUCCUCUGCAGCUCUUCAUGUUACAUGUGUUUGAUCCUCUGCAGCUCUUCAUGUUACAUGUGUUUGAUCCUCUGAAGCUCUUCGUGUUACAUGUGUUUGAUCCUCUGAAGCUCUUCAUGUUACAUGUGUUUGAUCCUCUGAAGCUCUUCAUGUUACAUGUGUUUGAUCCUCUGAAGCUCUUCAUGUUACAUGUGUUUGAUCCUCUGCAGCUCUUCAUGUUACAUGUGUUUGAUCCUCUGCAGCUCUUCGUGUUACAUGUGUUUGAUCCUCUGCAGGCAGCGGUCAGGUUUUUGUGUCUACCCUCUUCGGUGGAUUUUCGAAUCAUCCAAGACAAAGUGUUUGAUGGCGAGCUACCCAAUGAAUUUGGAAAAAAACAAUUCCCCUUCCCACGAGUAGUGUGGUAGGAAAUGAACUGAAUCCUUUAUUCAUUCCCCCUGCUGACGUCUAAGAACCCCAUUAUAUUAUAUGUUUGAAAGACAAAUGUAUGUUAUGAUUUAAUGUUGUUGGAUGAAAUAUCAAA